CACACCCUCUUUGUUGCUCUCUUACAUUCGUUUCCAUGUCGAAUUGAUUCCACUCUUUCGUCAAUUCGACUGGUAUAUAUCUCGAGAAACGUCCGCCUACCUGAUUAGGCUGUCAUUCCUUUGAUUCAUACAGAGAUAACCUACACUCCUUAUCGCUAAUCUUAUUGCUAAUUACUACCUUCAUCAUGCAUUUUUCGUCCCUCUCAUUGCCUCUCACGGCUUUGAGCCUUGUCACUCCUUCUCUAGCCUUUCCCCAGCUCAAAAUUGACCAGCGCGUGGCACAAAGUAACUCCAGCGAGUCUCGUGCAAAUGCCGUGAAGGAAGCUUUUGUACAUGCUUGGGAUGGUUACAUGCAAUAUGCUUACCCACAUGAUGAGCUGCACCCCAUCUCAAACGGUGUCGGCGAUUCGCGGAACGGUUGGGGUGCGUCCGCCGUGGACGCCCUAUCCACGGCCGUUAUAAUGCGCAAUGCCACUAUCGUCAACCAGAUCUUGGACCAUAUUGCCACGAUUGACUACUCUAAGACUGACGACCAAGUGAGUCUGUUUGAGACAACAAUCCGGUACCUGGGUGGCAUGCUGUCGGGUUAUGAUCUGUUGAAGGGUCCGGCCUCGGACCUAGUCCAGGACUCUCAUAAGGUUCAGGCCCUCUUGGAUCAAUCGCAAAACCUGGCGGAUGUCCUCAAGUUCGCCUUUGACACUCCUAGCGGCGUUCCCUACAACAACAUCAACAUUACUUCGCACGGUAAUGAUGGUGCAGCAACCAACGGACUGGCUGUGACGGGUACAUUGGUUCUCGAAUGGACCCGGCUCUCAGACCUGACGGGUGAUACCGAGUAUGCUGAGCUCAGCCAGAGGGCAGAGAAUUAUCUGCUCAACCCCUCACCAAAGAGUGCAGAGCCGUUUGACGGACUGGUUGGAAGCCAUAUCAACAUCACCAACGGACAGUUCACCGACGGAUUAGUGAGCUGGAAUGGAGGCGACGACUCGUUCUACGAAUACCUGAUCAAGAUGUACGUGUAUGAUCCAAAGAGGUUCAGCACCUACGGAGAUCGCUGGGUUAAAGCGGCGGAAUCAAGCAUCAAACAUUUGGCGUCACAUCCGUCGACUCGCCCGGACCUGACUUUCCUAGCGUCAUACAACGAAGGCCAACUUGGCUUGAGCUCCCAGCACCUUACUUGCUUUGAUGGCGGCAGUUUCUUGCUUGGCGGAACCGUCCUGGAUCGCGACGACUUUAUCCAAUUUGGUCUGGACUUGGUGAAGGGAUGCCACGAGACGUACAAUCAAACCCUGACUGGUAUCGGACCCGAGAGCUUCGGAUGGGAUCCUAAGAACGUACCAUCGGACCAGAAGGAGCUGUACGAGCGUGCCGGCUUCUAUAUUAGCAGUGGCGCCUAUAUUCUUCGUCCGGAGGUGAUUGAGAGUUUCUACUACGCCUGGCGUAUUACUGGCCAGGAAAUUUACCGUGAGUGGGUAUGGAACGCGUUUGUCGCUAUCAACAAAUACUGCCGCACCGGCUCCGGGUUCGCGGGCCUGACCAACGUCAACGCUAAGGACGGUGGAAGCCGGUACGAUAACCAGGAGAGUUUCCUCUUUGCUGAGGUGUUGAAAUACGUGUACCUGACCUUUGCUCCUGAAAACGAGUGGCAAGUCCAGCGCGGUAAGGGCAACAAGUUUGUCUACAACACCGAGGCGCACCCUGUUAGGGUGGCGGCGGCGUAGUUGUAUAUAGCAGGCUAUCCGGUAUUGAUAUAGUUAAUCACUGAAGUUUACGUGUUGUAUCUCUACUAUAUGUCCAAUACAGCUUUGU